GCGUCGAGCCAGUCGGCCGCCGUCGAGCGGGAGAAAGAAGAGAAGAGAGAGAGAGAGAGAGAGAGAGAGAGAGAGAGAGAGAGAGAGAGAGAACUGGAGAGUCGUGCCGUGCUUGUGCGGCCCCAGCGUGCCGCCGCUGCACGACGGUUUUAGUAUCGCAUUAACCCGUCGAUGCGCCAGUCGUGUCGUUCGCCGCGCGACCACGUCUCUUUCUCUCUCUACGUCUUCGCCGCCUGCGAAUUCGCGUGCGAUUCAGCAAGGUAUUUUAUUUUCGAAAAAAAUCGGUGCAGCGCGCGCGGUGCUGUGUACACUAUGCGGCUCGGACUCGGGGGACGCUCCGGUCCUUCGUCGUCGUCGGCAAGUGCAGCGGGCAAAAGUGAUCCCGAGUAAGCCUCCGGCGUCGCGUGUGUGUCCCGUACGAAUGCUUUGUUGACGUCCGAUCCGCUGCUGAUGCCGUAGGUACGCAUAGAACCGAUGACGCGCGCGCAACGAGCGCCGGCCAGCAUCGUCAUGAGAUUCGACACCGAAACGCGCGCCAAUUGUUAUUGAAGCGCUAGUUUCACGUGCGCGCUCCGAUAUUACCAUCGAGUUCUCUUGUGCAUGUGCCAUACACUCUGAUACUGCCGCUGUUGCAGUAUCGAGGCUGCUGAAUUGCUGCCGCCGCUGUAGUACGAGUUGCGAGGGAGAAGCAGAGGAAGAAGAAGAACAGGGGAAAGACGAAGAAGGGAGAGAGAGAAUUUCGCGCGGCUGCUGCACGCACAGCAUCACCGAGAGACACGACGACGUCGCCGGUGGCGGCCGUAGCUCCAUUUUGCUGGAAUGGCGAACGCCGCCGGCCUCGAGGUGCGAGAGUCCGGACGAGCUUUAAGGUUCCACACGGAAACGCCUCAUCUCGUGUCGACCGGAAGUGGAAGGCUCUCCACUACCGUCACGCUUCAUCCGCUGCCCGAAGGCCGGAUAAUACUGGGCUCGUCGCGAGAGGCGGACAUCCAGCUCGGAGGUACAGGGGUCGAGAUCGUUCACUGCAUAAUCGAGAAUGCCGGCGGCUCGGUCACGCUUCAACCCCUCAGCGGAAGCACGUGCGUCGACGGAGUCCCGAUCGCCGCCCCGCUACGGCUCACUCAAGGCUGCAUGCUGACGAUAGGCCGCUCGAACUACCUGCGCUUCAACCACCCGGCUGAGGCGAAGCAUCUGAAGUCGGUACUGCCGAACACGCGGCUCUCGGUGGCGCCCAUGAGCUUCGAAUCGCUGAACGGAUGCAACAAGCCGCCGGCGGCACCGCCGCGUAAGUCGCCCCGAAACUCCGGCUGCUCCGACGAGGAGGUGAACUUUCUGGGAAAGCUCAGCAAGUUCGAGAUGCUGGCACGACAGGCCAGAGCCAAUUGCGUCUCGCCCAAGGUCUUCCCCUCGGGUAGCCUCACCACCAGUGUACCGGCCGAUCAGAUUCUCGGACACUCGAGGUCCUCGAGCCUGGUGUCGCUGGGACGCAGCAGCACCGGCAGCCCCUUCCAGAACCUCACCAACUUGGACAGAUGUCAGAACAACGACGAGCAGAAGCAGUGCAGCCUGCCGAUCACGGUGAACCGCAACUACUCGCCGAACCAGAACGCGAUCUACCAGAACGUUGGCUCGAACAACAAGCACCACCACCAGCAGACCACGUGCAGCCAGCAGCGAACCUGGCAGCAGCAGCAGCAUCAUCAGCAUCAGCGAGUCCCGUCCCAGGAGCUGGACUACGGCAACAACGACGAGAACCGCAACAACGUCCUGCAGAACGGCUACUCGAAUGAGCAGCUCAUGUCGCGGAGUCUGGUCUGCCAGAAGAGCUGCGAACUCAACCAGUUCAGCCGCGAAUUCGACAUGAGCCAGAGCCUCAUCGUCGCGAAGACGACGACCUGCACCGAAUUCCUGCAGCUCGAGCAGUUCGGCUCGAACCCCAGUCUGCCGUGUCACCGCAGGGCCGGCUCCUGUGACUCCCAGAACACGCAGGGCUUCGGCUCGCAUCCCAACAUCAGGCGAAUCCAGACCCCGUCGCCAGCCUUCAACCGAGACCCCAAGUACAGCGAUUCGCGUUCGCUAUACGGCCGCAUCAAGAGCCCGAGUCCCGCUCCGCAGACGGCCAACCACAAGAAGUGCUACUCCCUGGAGGAGCUGCAGGAGGCCGAGGGGCGCAUGCGACUCGCCCAGGAGGACAGAAUACGCGACCAGGAGCUCGAGCGCCAGGAGAAGAUGCGCCUCGAGGAGAUCCUGGCCAUGUGCGCCGAGUACGAACGACAAAGCAGUCGUGCCGCUGUCGAGAAACCGCAGCGACAGCAGCAGCAGCAGAACAGGAUCAAAGCAGCAACGAACGGCUGCACGACUCUGUCGAGAGACAGCAACAAAAGGCCGUACGCUGGCCGUCCGAAGAGCCCACCGACACACGACUACGAGAACCACCAGCUGAUUCAGGCGAACGGCGAAUCGACAACGGGACGACUGGCGCCGCCCGCCUACGAGAACGUCGCUACGCUGCCGAGUCCGGAUCAAGACCAACAGGUAGCGACGCCCAACAACAAUCGCGCGCCCAACUGGCCCGAGCCGAAUCAGCAGAACGGUUACGCCAGCUCGCGGCAGCAGAGUCCGCCGAGUCCGAACUACGAGGAGAUCGGACCCGAGAACUACCGCCUCGACGAGAGGCAAACGACUAAUGGUGCAGUCGCCGCGUCGACAACGAUAAGCCCCCCGCUACCAGAGAAGAGCAUUAAGCUCGCGGUGCACCACUACGAGAACUUCGUGCCUCGCAACGGCAACCUCUGCAGCGUCUACGAGAACGUCGUUCCGGCUCAGCCGAUCAACAACAACAAUAACAACAACAACAUCAACAACAGCCCAAACAACCUGAGCCUGCCGAGGCCGAGCAAGAAGCCCCGGGACGCCAAGUGCGAGCUCAUGAUCGACAACAAACUCGACGUGUCGAACGACGAUCUUCUCGAGGCAAUCGAGCAGCUGUCGAUGCUCUCGAAACCGAGGAACUCCGGGGGAUUUUCGGCGACUACGACGACGACGACGACAACGACCGAUGUGGCGACGGAAGCAACGCCAAUCACGACGACGCCAAAGAGGAUCAACAGCGAGCGAGACAACGCCAAAUCGAACGAGGCCAAGGCCGACAAGGAGCGCAAGGAGCUCGAGGAGGAGGACCGCAAGAAGUACAUCGAGUUCCUGCAGAACGAGAAGCAGCACAUACUCGGCAACAUGGAUGGAUUCAAGCGCAGCGUCGCCGACAUCGAGACCCAGGAGGAGGAGAUCAACCGAGAGCUGGAGCUCGAGAAAGCCCUGCUCUCGGCGGAGUACGAGUCGGAGUCGCUGAAGCUCGAGCAGGAGGAGAGCGAGCGCGCGCGGCUUCAGGCGAAGAUCGCCGAGCUCGAGCAGGAGCUGAGCGAGAGCAACGCCAGCCAGGCGCAGCUGCAGGCGGAGGCGCGGCAGCGCGUGCUCAGGGCUCAGCAGACCUGCGCCAGGCUCGAGGAGGAGCUCGCCGAGGCGAGCGGCCGCGACGACGAGCGCGACCUCGACCUCGCCGACAAGCUGGCCGCCCACACCGAGAUCCUCGAGACCGAGAGGAAGGCCUUCGAGGACCUCGAGUUCCACCACCUCGAGGAGGAGGCCAGCAAGCUCGCCAGCAGGGAGGAGAUGCAAAGACACCUGGCCGAGCUGGCGACGAAGAUCGAGAGCAGGAAAAUGCAGCUGAACCAGCUGGAGACGCAGCGCACCGACAUAAAGAACGCCGUCACGAAGGAGGCCAAGAGUCUCGAGCGACAGAAACUCGCUCACCUGCGAAGGCUCGAGGAGGGUCGCAAUCGAUUGCGCGCCAUCGACGACGAGCUGGAAGGCCUGGCUAAAAACGUCGCCGAUAAUCCCGAUGAAAAACGCUCGCCCAGCCGGGAGGAUUUCGACAGGAUAUCCAGGGUUACGACCGACUCUCCCAUCGUCAAUAACCAGGGCAGCUUGGGAAGAAAAACGAUCGAGUCGCUCAAGGAGAUCGAGCGAAAUCGACAGCUGCAUUUAGCUAAACAAGGUAGCCAAGUCAUUUCGGAGGAGAGACGGAGGGUGGAGGAAUUGAAGAGGCGAGUUCAGGACGAAGUUCGCUCGCAGUGGGAGGAGAGGAAGAUGAACUGCACGUCUUUCAACAGCGUCGAAUCCGGCGAGGAGUCGUCGAGUUACUCGACUGGGCCGACCGAGAGCGGCAGCGGAAGCAGCGACGGCGCGGAAAACGGCACCAGUGAGAAAUUGUCGCCGAGCAAGCUUUCGGAAUUCACCUCGCCCAGUCCCGGACCGUCAGGAAACUCCUACACGCUCCUGCCAUCGGAUAGCGCGAGGAACGACAGACCGACAUCCCUGGAGACCGAGAGGUUCAACGGAAAUGGAAGCGGCUGCACGAACGACGAGAGUGGAAGCCGACCUCUUUCUCAAACUUCCAGCGAGUUGGACUCCCUCGGCCCGCUGCAAGUCAAGCAUCGGGACAAGCCCAAGUUGCAGAGACCCCUGACCAGGUACCUGCCGAUCAAGUCCGAAUCGUUGGACUUGAGGCAUCACAUCGAAACGGCUGGUCACCAGCUGCCGCUGAUUCACGACGUCAACGUGGACACAACCAGCUGCAGCGGAUAUCUCUCCAAGAUGAGCAAGAAAUUCCAUCACUGGAACAAACGAUGGUUUGUUUUCGACAGAAAGCGCAAGACUCUUACGUACUACAGCGACAACAAUUCAAGAAAGCCGCGAGGAGUUAUAUACUUCCAGUCCAUUGAGGAAGUUUACGUGGACCACAUGAACACAGUCAAAUCACCCCAGCCAUCGUUGACAUUCAUUGUCAAGACCACUACAAGACUUUACCAUUUGAUGGCCCCAAGUCCAGAAGCCAUGCGAGUUUGGGUGGAUGUAGUCUUUACUGGAGCUGAAGGAUAUCACGAAUUUGAUCCCAAUUUGUGAUAAUUUUUUGAACAGCCAACAACAAUAUUGUACAUUCGAAUUCAAACAUUAGCUUCUGAAAUUCAAAGCAAGCAACACUUGACAAUUUAUAAUUUCUGAAAUUAAAAUUUCACCAAUGGGUUCUAUGCUUUGUAUUCCAAACGAUAAGAAGCUUGGUGAACAAAGCGCAUUGUGAAGCAGGUGCCAAUGUAAUGUAUUUUUAAUUUAAGGGCAUUAAGUGUUAUGAAUUAAUCAAAUUUGAGAGAACCUCUCAAAUAGUUUUACAGCUCUUAAUCUAGUCUUCCAACACAGAACGAGAAUUUGCCAAACUCUGAAAAGUUCAGGGAUGUUGUAUGAAACAUCGCUUGCAGGACUUGAAAAACAUUUGUACAUAAAAAUUGAUUAAUUUUUAAUUGAGUCGAAGCUCGCUUCUGAUUGUGCGGAACUGAGACUGAUUUCGAGGUUAAUUAAAAUGCAAAUCACUGAAUUGUGUCUUUGAGAAAGUGGGUGCAUAAGUGCCAGACAAUACACCAAAGUGCAUUUACUGUAGGUAGACGAUUUGUUACCUCAUAAACAACAUUUUCAAUCAUAAUUGAUCAUGCAUCAAGAUCAAAUUUUAAAAUGACGUUUAACUUUUUACAAAUAGAGAAUAACGUCCUAAUCUUAGAUACAUUAUUUUAUUAUUAAGUAUAUCUUGCCUCUUUCGAUAGAAAAAGGUUCCAAGAAGUUAAAGCGGCUGCUAAAAAUCAUGUUUGUCAUUUAUUACGUAAACUUAUAAGAUUUUUAUAAGUUUUUUAUGUGUAUCGGCUAUUCUGAUUUGGCUUGUACCAAAUGCAGAAGUUUCAGAAUAAAUAGAAAACGUGUAUUUAAUAAAAAAA